AUGGAUAGUGGGGAUGUUUACUAUUUACAUGGCUCAGAUGAUUGUGAUGAUGUAUCUUCAAAUGGGCAAGAAACCGAAUCUCCAUUUGGUGGUAUGAGUUAUUCUCAAAAUAGAGAGGAUGAUGGAACUUUGCAAGUUGAUUCACAAAACAUAGAAUUAACUCCUUUAAUCCAGCAAGAUCAAGACAUCCCAAAUAUUAUUGUUCAUGCUGCAGAAUCAUCAAUUGAUGAGCCACGCAUUGGAUUGGAGUUUAAAUGUGAGGAGGAAGCAAGGAGAUUUUAUAAUAUCUAUGCAUAUAAAACUGGAUUUAGCAUACGAAAAGCUAGUCAUUACAAAGCAAAAAGGAAAAAUAAUAUGGUUACAUCGCAUUACUAUGUUUGCUCAAAAGAAGGCAAUUACAAAUCUCGAGCACAAGUGCAAGGUGAUAAAGGCACACCUCAGAAAUCAAUGCAGUAUAGUCGAACGGGUUGCAAAGCGCAUUUGAGGAUCAAAAUGCAAGAAGAUAGCAAAUGGAUAGUGACUGCUUUUGAAAAGGAACACAAUCAUAAUUUAGUUACAAGUCCUUCGAAAUCUCAUUUUCUUCGAUCUCAUCGUUCUAUUACUACUGAACAAAAGCAAGUUAUUCAUAUGUUAAGUGAACAGAAUAUUUCAACUAGUCAAAUAAUGACAUUUAUGACGGCAAGAGAAGGAGGAUCACAAAAUGUUCACUUCACAAGGAAGGAUCUAAACAAUCAAGUUUUUGAGAGGAAUAGAAGACUAAGAGGUGUUGAUAUAUCAUCCACUAUUGAUUACUUUCACAAGAUCCAAGCCAAAAAUCCGUCCUUCUUUUAUGCUAUUGAGGCAAUUUUUGGCCAGCAUCCUAAAUCCAUUAUUACUGAUCAAGAUCCAGCAAUGAAAAAAGCCAUCAAGCAGGUUUUUCCAAACACCGUCCACAGAUGUUGCCAAUGGCAUGUUAUGAGAAAAGCUAGAGAAUAUUUGGGUGUACUUUAUAACAACAAAGAAGGUUUUAAGAAAGAACUUGAAUCAUGUAUCAAUAAUAGCAUAACUGUUGAGGAGUUUGAAACAAAAUGGUCAAUGAUGCUUCAAAAUUUUGAAUUGCAAGACAACAGUCAUCUUCAGGUUAUGUGGAAUAGUAGAGAAAGCUGGGUACCUGUAUACUUUAGAGAUGCAUUUUUUGCUGAAAUGUCUACAUCACAACGUAGUGAGAGUAUGAAUGCUCUUACUAAGAUUUACACAGACUGUCAUACAUCAAUUUAUAAGUUUGUAACACAGAUUGAAAAGAUGGUUGCUAGUCGAUAUGACAAAGAGGAUGAGGCAAACUUUAGAUCAGGAGAUGGCAAGCCUAGUUUGUGGUCACAUAAUCCAAUUGAAAAAGAAGCUCGGGAGGUGUACACAAGGCGAGUAUACUCUGAAUUUAAAAAUCAGCUAAGAGCUAGUACAGGAUAUGAGGUAACAGAAUUGAAAGAAAAUUUGUCAUACAAGGUACCAUUAGCUGAAAAGAUUAGUAAAGAAGGUAUUAGUGAAAGUGAUGAAGGAAGAGAAACUAAUUAUAAGGGAUAG